GAGGAGACUGACACACGCACACACACCGGGCUCGUUCCUCCGUUCAGCUCUCCGCGACCGGCGGGCACGAGGAGGCGAGCGCGAUCGGACCUCCCGGGUGUGCGCGCGAGUGUGUGCGUUCGCGUGCGUUUCUUUCUCACCUGGAUAUAUCACGUGAUCAGGCACCUGGGCGUGGAUCUGGCGUGCGAUCUGUUAUUUUGUAGCGGGAAUCCCGGAACCGCAGCUCCGCGGCGCAGCUGAAAUGUGAACUUUCCGCGCACCGACACCGGGAAUAUAUCUGACAGAUUUCUAAAGGCAGUCCGAGAGCCAAGUGAGAAGACGAAGGCGAAUUUGGCGAGAAAGAAAGAGCCAAAAGAUGUUUCUUGUAGAUGUCGGAGGAGAGGAAUCCUGAGAGGAACCAGAUUCAGCUGGAGGAGCCCAUCGUAGUCCGAUGGCGUGCAGCAGAAAGAAUCCACUUCUUGACACGGUCUCUUUCUCUGCCUCAUUACCGGACGGCUGGGGGCUCUCGCAGGAAUCCGGGCAGGUUUUCAGGGCCACAACACGCGCUCACAAACAGACACACAUCAGUGAGUUGAUGCAAGAUGUGUUGAAGGUCCAGCAACGGCUCGCAGACAGAUGUGAUGGAGCUUUGGUCUCAUGCAUCUCAGACCUCUUCUGGUUUCAUCGUGGGAACCGUCACUUCCAGCACCUGUUCCUCUGAAUAGUAAAAAGAAGGGAGAACAGGACCACAUUUCAUACUGGACGAAGCCAACGUCACCAUCCAUCGGGAACUAGCUGUCAGGCCACGCCUUCUGUCCCGUUGUGUAUUGAUGUGUCAAGUUGCUACAACCCAUUAAAGCGCAGUACACAGCCGACAGAAAUGGCGGGCUGGUUGGCGGUGGUCUUACUUGUGCUGCAUGUGGUGCCGGUUUACUCAGAGGAGACCAUAUUGGAGUUUUCCACACACACGCCCAUCAAUAACGUGGUACAGGACCCCAACACCGGACGUGUCUACCUGGGGGCGGUCAAUGCCAUUUACCAACUGGACUCUUCACUAAACCUGGAGGCCAGAACUGAAACGGGUCCCAAAAAGGACGCAAAGGGUUGCACGCCUCCAGUAUCUACCUGCCAGGACCUGAUAGACACAAACAACACUAAUAAACUCAUACUGGUUAAUUCUGCCAACGGGUCGUUGAUCGUUUGCGGGAGUUUGUACCGAGGAAUCUGUUCUCUGCUCAACCUCACCAAUGUCAAAGAACAGAUAUACUACAGCGACAGCAAAGGCGAGCGGACCUACGCCGCCAGCACCGAGGACCACGUCUCCGUGGUGGGCGUCAUGGCCACGCUCGUAGUAGAAAAUAUACAGUUUAACGUGUUUUUGGUUGGGAAGGGCUACGGAAGCAUGGACAGCUCUAAACUCAUCAGCACCAGAAUCGUGCAGAACUAUCGCGACUGGGUCGUGUUCGAAAGCAUCAUCGAGUCGUCCAUGGUCCAGGCAGUGCCCUUCGCGGCCAAGUACAUGCACGAUUUUCGCUUCGCGUUUAAGAGCGACGCAUUCGUGUACUUUAUCUUCUCACGCACCCUCGGAGGAGCGGAUAAUAAAAACUUCACGUUCAUUUCUCGCCUCUGUGAGAAUGACAUACACUAUUAUUCCUACACGGAACUUCAGCUCAGCUGCGGUCAAAAUAAUCGCUACAAUAAAGUCCAGGCCGCGUACGUUACCGAGCCGGGGAAAGAGCUGGCACAUCACAUGUCCGACUCUGGAGAGUACGGAAAUGUGCUGGCUUGGGAUAAAGUCCUGUUUGUUGUGGCCAGUUCGGAGGAUGGGGGCUCUGUGAAUUCACCCACGGUAGAGUCUGCUCUGUGUAUGUACCCCCUUAAAAAAAUUAACCAGAAACUGGUGGAAAUGGUCAGAGCUUGUUACAUGGACUACGGCAAGAUUGAUGGCAAGUUAGUGGUUGAGAGCCCUUACAUGUCCAGCAAAGCCGAACUGUGUGUCAAACAUGAUAAAAACAUUGUUGAUAAAUUCACUUGUGGAGCCGAUUUCCUUCCAUCUCCAUUGGCCAGUCGGCAGGAGUUCGCUUUGAGGGCCAAUCCAUUCUUCACCAGACCGAAUCUGCUGACGGCGGUGGCUGUGGCCGAAGAGAACGAUCACACCAUUGCGUUUCUGGGCCACAACCCAGGAGAAGUGAUCAAGGUACAUUUGUCAGGCCAACCGGAGGCGUACAACCCUGGUCCGGGCUACAAAACCGGCGGCAACAUAAAUAAGAACCUUUUCUUUGACAAAGACCAGACGCACUUGUACAUCACCACAGAGAAAAAGAUCACGAAGGUGCCCGUUCAGACCUGCCAUCUGAAAACUGACUGCCAGUCGUGUGUGGCACAGAGAGAUCCGUACUGCGGCUGGUGUGUCCUGGAAGGAAGAUGCACCCGGAGAUCGGAGUGCGGCCGCGCGGAGGAAAAGAACGGCUGGCUGUGGAGUCCAAACCAACAGUGUGUGAAAAUCGUCUCCUUCCACCCGCCAAAUCUCAGCUGCUUGAAGUCCCAGCAGGUGGAGAUCAUCAUCCGACUGCUGCCCAUCCUUCGAGAUUCCGACCGUAUCAAAUGCGCUUUCGGCUCUCAUAAUAGCAUCGGCAGGAUGGUGGACGGCAGGGUCAGUUGCCGCCUACCUGAGCCGCAUCUUAUACCAACCACACCUGAGCACCAAGAUUUUGUUGCUGUCCCCGUCAAGAUCUUCGUAAACGGCAGCGUGCAGGUGGCGUCCAGCGAGUACAAGUUCUACAACUGCGCAGCGGCUGUUCGUAAAGCAGAAAAUACACCGUGCAUGUCCUGUGUGAGCAGCUCUUGGGGGUGUCAGUGGAACGUCGCGGCCCACACCUGCACCGAUCUGAAUGAUGCGGAGACCGGAGCCAAUAUCAUCAAACCCAAACAGGUGAAGAGCUGUCCACGUUUCGAGAACCCAGAUCCCGUUCUUAUCCCGGUGGGAUAUAAAACACGGAUCAGUUUUGAGGGCAUCAAUUUGGAUCCGUACAAGGGCCGUGAUUUUGUCAUCGGAACAGAGCUGGUGAAGUUAGAGGAAGAUGUGAAGACAGAACCGGGACCCUUCUAUUCCUUCAGUGGAUUUGAGUUUUCCUUCGACAAAGCUCACGAGACCAACAUUCUGUUCCACGUGAGGGAGAAAUACACAAGAAAAAAGAUCGACAGCAGUCUUAAUGUGACUCUGUAUAACUGCUCUCUGGGACGUGAGGACUGCAGUCUGUGUAAAAACGCCGAUCCCAAAUACCAGUGUGUGUGGUGUACUCAGACCAGCUCGUGUGUGUACGAACAUCUCUGUGCCUCAAAAGAACCCGAGCAGUGUCCCGACCCGCAGAUCACUGACGUCACGCCAAAAUUCGGGCCCUUGAAAGGGGGAAUAAAGGUGACUAUUAAGGGCUCGAACCUGGGAAUUCAGAAAGAGGACAUUAAAAACAUUACGGUGGCCGGAGUGCGGUGCAAACAUCUCGGAGAACGUUACUCUGUAUCGACGAGUGUGGUUUGUGAGACCGGCCCGUCCAGUCUUUACAGAAGUGGAGAGGUCGAGAUCGACAUCGGUGGGGGGAAAAGAGGCGUGUCCACAAAAGCCGUCCGCUUCACCUACAGGGACCCUGUACCAAAGUUUGUGUCUCCUCUUCGGGCUCCGAGAGCUGGAGGCACCACGCUUACCAUUACCGGUGAUGGCCUGAACACAGGUUCUAGGGAAGAGCUUCAUAUCACCGUGGGCGGCGUGCCCUGUGUAGUUCAGAGUUUUGGAGAUGUCAUCACGUGUAAGUUGGGCGAGUACAAAGGAGACACGGUUCCGUCUCCUUCUCUCGCCGUCGUAGUUCAAUACGGCAAAAACGCCAACAUCGAAGUGCCUCAGAAGGUCCGGUUCACCAACAACCCCUCAGUGUCCGACCAUCAACCCAGGAGCAGCUUCCUCUGUGGUGGCCGAAAAAUCAUAGUGGUCGGUUCUGGAUUUGAACUGGUCCAGAAGGCCACCAUCAAGGUGGUGGUGUCCGGCGGUGAAUGGUCCAACCACACAACGGCAAUGGAGUUUGUGGAGGAGUCCACAUUUAAAAACGACACGGUGAUCGUGUUCAUGUCACCCGCGGUCAACGAGACCUACUACUCCUCCACAACGUCCGUUUAUCUAGAUAACUACCAGAAAACCUUGACGCCGUUUGAGUACCACCCCGACCCGGACUUUGAUGAACUCAGUAAGACUGUCAUCACAGAGAACAGCAUGAUCAUCAUCACUGGUCAUGGCUUUUCCAAAGCGAUGACGGCGAAGGAGGCGCAGGCGUUUGUGGGAGACGUUCAGUGUAACGUGAACACUCUACAGGAUGAUAAAUUGUUCCUGGAUCCGCCUUCGACCGCACCCAGCGCUCGAUCCAAGAGACAGAAACGAGACACGAGCGCCGACAUGCUGGACCUGGUGGUUAAAUUUGGGAACGGCGAAUGGCUGGUAGGCAAAGUUCAGUACGAGAGGAAGUACAUUCUCCAGCUGCCCAUCAUCAUCCCUGCCGUGGUGGUCCCCAUGUUGCUGAUCAUUGCCAUCUCAGUCGUCUGCUACAGGAGGAAGAGUCAGCAAGCGGAGAGAGAAUAUGAAAAGGUGAAACAUCAGCUGGAAAAUUUGGAGGAGAGCGUUCGUGACCGCUGCAAAAAAGAGUUCACAGAUCUGAUGAUCGAAAUGGAAGACCACACGAACGACAUAAGCGAAGGUCGGAUCCCGUUCCUGGACUACAAGACGUACACGGACCGCGUCUUCUUCCUGCCCUCUAAAGAUGGAGCCAACGACGUCAUGAUCACCGGCAAACUGGACAUCCCAGAAUCCCGCAGGGCAACUGUCACCCAAGCGCUGAACCAGUUCUCCAACCUCCUGAACAGCAAAACGUUUCUCAUCAAUUUCAUCAGAACGCUCGAGAGCCGCCCGGAUUUUAACGCCCGGGCCAAAGUCUAUUUCGCAUCUCUGCUCACAGUCGCACUUCACGGUAAACUGGAGUAUUACACAGAUAUUAUGAGGACGCUUCUGCUGAGACUCAUGGAAGAUUACGUACAGAGCAAAAACCCAAAACUGCUUCUCCGCAGGUCUGAAACAGUGGUGGAAAGGAUGCUGAGUAACUGGAUGUCAAUCUGUCUCUAUCAAUACCUGAAGGACGCUGCCGGAGAGCCGCUGUACAAACUCUUCAGGGCAAUAAAACAUCAGAUCGAGAAAGGGCCCGUGGACUCGCAGUUCAAGAAGGCCAAAUACACGCUGAAUGACACGGGCCUGCUCGGAGAUGACGUGGAGUACAGCGUGCUGACGCUGCAGGUGCUGGUUCAUGGGGAGGGGCCUGACAUCACACCGGUUAAAGUGUUGAACUGCGACACCAUCUCGCAGGUGAAGGAAAAAAUCCUUGAACAAGUGUACAAGAAUCUGCCCUACUCACAGAGACCCAAAGUAGACAGCGUUACACUAGAGUGGCGUCCGGGGUCGACGGGACAGAUUUUGUCAGAUCUGGACGUGACGUCACAGAAGGAAGGCAAAUGGAGACGCAUCAACACGCUGGCACAUUAUAACGUACAAGAUAACGCAUCAGUGGUCCUCUCCAGAGUUCAGCACACACAACAGUCAUACGACCAAAAUCACGACAACCAUGAAGAGAGAAAUGCCCUGCUGGAGGACGAUAAAGUUUUCCACCUGGUGCGACCGGCGGACGAGCUGGAUGAGAUGAAAUCUAAGAGAGGCAGUAUAAAGGAUAAAUCCAUGACUAAAGCCAUCACGGAGAUAUAUCUCACACGACUGCUCUCCGUCAAGGGUACGCUGCAGCAGUUCGUGGACGAUUUCUUCAGCAGCGUGCUCUGUUCUGUCGCCGUGGUCCCUCCGGCCGUUAAAUACUUCUUCGACUUCCUGGAUGAGCAGGCCCUUAAACACGAGAACGUGGACGAGGAGACCAUACACAUCUGGAAAACCAACAGUUUGCCUCUGCGUUUCUGGGUGAACAUCCUGAAGAAUCCCCACUUCAUUUUCGACGUGCACGUGAGCGAGGUCGUGGACGCCUCCCUGUCCGUCAUCGCUCAGACCUUCAUGGACGCCUGCACGAAAACCGAGCACAAGCUCAGUCGGGAUUCUCCCAGCAACAAAUUACUCUAUGCAAAGGAGAUCUCCACCUACAAACGGAUGGUAGACGAGUACUAUAAAGGAGUCCGAGAGAUGGUGCCGGUCAGCGACCAGGAGAUGAACACGCAUCUGGCUGAAGUGUCACGGGCACACACAGAUAAACUGAACACACAGGCUGCACUUCACCAGCUCUAUCGAUAUGCAAGUAAAUACUACGAUGGGAUCAUCAUGUCUCUGAACGAGGAUCCUGCCGCUCAGAGUAAACAGUUAACUCUAAGACUGCAACAGAUCGCUGCCGCUCUGGAAAACAAAGAGUUUUACUGCAUUGGAAACCCCUCGAGAGGAGUAAAUGUUUGGUGACUUGUCGAAUCAUUCCUCCGGAUGGCUGCCAUUAUGUUUGUUCUUUAUGCAAAAAAAGUUUAGCACAAAUGUUUUUAUGACUGUACCGACCCCAAUUUGUGUUUCAAUGGUGUGUAUGAACAAAUAAUCUGUACACGACCUUUUCUUACUGCUGUGCAGUUAAUACUAUUAUUUUAUGUCUUACUGAAAAUAUAUGCCUUUGUAUUAAACAUGCAAAUCUGUC